ACACACGCAGCCGGCACAGGCGGCGGCUGCCCAAGUCAGGACGAACCUCUCGAGGUACCGUCUUGAGAAGGCGGCGGCGGCGGCGGCGGCGGCCCGAGCCUCCCUCGGCCGGAGCGGGAGCACCGCCGAGAGUUUCCGCUCCCGUCGCCCUGUCCUUCCCCUCCUUUUCUUUAUUUUCGAGACAAUUUCUUCUUCGCUUAUUGGUUUAAUUUGAUUUUGAAAAAUUUUGGUUGCUUUUUUUCUCUGUGCUUUCCCCCCUUUCUUCGUUUUAUUUGCAUCCAGAGCAUGGCGGGCUGCGGGCUGUCGGAAGAUACCUUCCUCUCUUCCUUCUUUUACAACUACGGCUCCUCCUGGGAAACCCCUUCCAACCAGUCUGCCCCUGAGCUGCCCUCGCUGCCGCUUUGGUAAAGGCUUGCCACGAAAGAGAGUGACAGCCGCUGGCGAACCCAGGUGUGUGAGCAGCAUCAGCAAUGGAUGAGGCCUCCCCGAGGCUGGACGACGACUGGAAGAAAGGACUUCAGCGAGAAGCGAGCUGGCAGUGUGCUGCUCUGGUUGGUGAAGACCAGCCUCUUUGCCCAGAUCUUCCUGAACUUGACCUUUCUGAACUAGACGUGAACGACUUGGAUACAGACAGCUUUCUGGGUGGACUCAAGUGGUGCAGUGACCAAUCAGAAAUAAUAUCCAACCAGUACAACAAUGAACCUUCAAACAUAUUUGAGAAGAUAGAUGAAGAGAGCGAGGCGAACUUGCUAGCAGUCCUCACAGAGACGCUGGACAGUCUCCCCGUGGAUGAAGACGGAUUGCCCUCCUUUGACGCGCUGACAGAUGGAGAUGUGACCACUGAGAAUGAGGCUAGUCCCUCCUCCAUGCCUGACGGCACCCCUCCGCCUCAGGAGGCAGAAGAGCCGUCUCUACUUAAGAAGCUCUUACUGGCACCAGCCAACACUCAGCUAAGUUAUAAUGAAUGCAGCGGUCUCAGUACCCAGAACCAUGCAAACCAUGGUCACAGGAUGAGAACAAGCCCUGCAGUCGUUAAGACCGAGAAUUCAUGGAGCAAUAAAGCGAAGAGCAUUUGUCAACAGCAAAAGCCACAAAGACGUCCCUGCUCAGAGCUUCUCAAGUAUCUGACCACGAACGAUGACCCUCCUCACAGCAAACCUACAGAGACCAGGAACAGCAGCAGAGACAAAUGCACCUCCAAAAAGAAGUCCCACACGCAACCGCAGUCGCAACAUUUACAAGCCAAACCAACAACUUUAUCUCUUCCUCUGACCCCAGAGUCACCAAAUGACCCCAAGGGUUCCCCAUUUGAGAACAAGACUAUUGAACGAACCUUAAGUGUGGAACUCUCUGGAACUGCAGGCCUAACUCCACCCACAACUCCUCCUCAUAAAGCCAACCAAGACAACCCUUUCAGGGCUUCUCCAAAACUGAAGUCCUCUUGCAAGACUGUGGUACCUCCGCCACCCAAGAAGCCCCGGUACAGCGAGUGUCCUGGUACCCAAGGCAACAACUCCACCAAGAAAGGGCCCGAGCAGUCUGAGUUGUACGCACAACUCAGCAAGACCUCAGUGCUCCCCAGUGGACACGAGGAUAGGAAGGCCAAGCGGCCCAGUCUACGGCUGUUUGGCGACCAUGACUAUUGUCAGUCACUCAAUUCCAAAACGGAAAUACUCAUCAAUAUAUCACAGGAGCUCCAAGACUCUAGACAACUAGAAUAUAAAGAUGCUUCUGCCAGUUGGCAGGGGCAGAUUUGUUGCUCCACAGAUUCAGACAAGUGCUGCCUGAGAGAGACCCUGCAGGUGAGCAAGCAGGUCUCUCCCUGCAGCACCAGGAAACAGCUCCAAGACCAGGAGAUCCGCGCCGAGCUGAACAAGCACUUCGGUCAUCCCAGUCAAGCUGUUUUCGACGACGAAGCAGACAAGACCAGUGAACUGAGGGACAGUGAUUUCAGUAACGAACAGUUCUCCAAACUACCUAUGUUUAUCAAUUCAGGACUAGCCAUGGAUGGCCUGUUCGAUGAAAGUGAAGAUGAAAGUGAAAAGCUGAACUACCCUUGGGACGGCACGCAGUCCUAUUCGUUGUUCGACGUGUCCCCUUCCUGCUCUUCUUUUAACUCUCCAUGUAGAGAUUCCGUGUCACCACCCAAAUCCUUAUUUUCUCAAAGACCCCAAAGGAUGCGCUCUCGUUCAAGGUCCUUUUCUCGACACAGGUCAUGUUCCCGAUCACCAUAUUCCAGGUCAAGAUCAAGGUCCCCAGGCAGUAGAUCCUCUUCAAGGUCUUGCUACUACUACGAGUCAAGCCACUGCAGACACCGCGCACACCGAAAGUCUCCCCUGGGCCCCAGAUCACGGUCAAGGUCGCCCUACAGCCGCCGGCCCAGGUACGACAGCUACGAGGAAUAUCAGCACGAGAGGCUGAAGAGGGAGGACUACCGCCGAGAGCACGAGAAGCGGGAGUGCGAGCGGGCCAAGCAGAGGGAGAGGCAGAGGCAGAAGGCGAUUGAAGAACGCCGUGUGAUUUAUGUUGGCAAAAUCAGACCUGACACAACACGGACAGAACUGAGGGACCGGUUUGAAGUUUUUGGUGAAAUUGAGGAGUGCACAGUAAAUCUGCGGGAUGAUGGAGACAGCUAUGGUUUCAUUACCUACCGCUAUACCUGUGAUGCUUUUGCUGCUCUUGAAAAUGGAUACACUUUGCGCAGGUCGAAUGAAACCGACUUCGAGCUGUACUUUUGUGGACGCAAGCAAUUUUUCAAGUCUAACUAUGCAGACCUAGAUUCAAACUCAGAUGACUUUGAUCCCGCUUCCACCAAGAGCAAGUAUGACUCUCUGGAUUUUGAUAGUUUACUGAAAGAAGCCCAGAGAAGCUUGCGCAGGUAACAUGUUCCCUGGCUGAGGAUGACAGAGGGACGGUGAAUACCUCACGGGACAGUGCGUCCUUCCCUAACAGACUAUUGCAAGUCAUACUUAGGAAUUUCUCCUACUUUACACUCUGUACAAAAACAAAACAAAACAACAACAAUACAACAAGAACAGCAACAGCAAUGGUUUACAUGAACACAGCUGCUGAAGAGACAGAAUGGCUAUCCAGUAAGCACAUGUUCAUUCAUGGGCGUCAGCUUUGCUUUCCCGGGAGUCUCUCGGGGACGGCGUGUGCCUGUGUGCGUGCGCGUGUGCGUGUGCGUGUGUGCAUGCGUGCCUGGUGUGGGGGAAGUAUGUAUGCACAGGUGGGGACUGGGGCUCCUGACCAGAGUGUGCCAGGGCAAACCACUUCACAUGGCAGCAGUUCCAAGAAGACACACGUAACACCUAGA